AGAACAGUUGCAGUCCUUCUUCCAUUUUAUCUCCCCCAGUUUCUUCUGAACUCUUCUUCUUCGCGAAAAUCAUCGACUUCAUUCUCACCCUUCCCAGCAAGAACAUGGCGAUGAAGUCUUUUGUCGACGUUCAUUCGGACUCUCACUUCCCCAUUCAGAACCUGCCCUACGGAGUAUUCAAGCCUGGACCUGGUUCAGUUCAGCGACCAGGUGUGGCAAUCGGCGAUUAUGUGUUGGACCUCUCUGAGAUCGCUUCUGCUGGCCUCUUCGAUGGACCUCUACUUAAGAACUCCGAUUGUUUUCAUCAGCCUAAUCUAAACAAGUUUUUGUCUCUGGGACGGCCUGCUUGGAUGGAAGCUCGUGCGACGCUUCAAAAACUGCUAUCAUCUUCUGAACCAGCCUUGCGUGACAAUGAAGCUCUAAGGUUGAGGUCACUUAUUCCAAUGAAUAAAGCAGAGAUGGUUCUUCCUGUGGCCAUUCAGGACUACACAGACUUCUUUUCGUCUCUGUAUCAUGCAAAAAAUUGUGGAACUUUAUUUCGGGGUUCUCAAAACCCAAUUCUUCCCAACUGGUUCCACCUUCCAAUUGCAUAUCAUGGACGUGCAUCAUCCAUUGUCAUCUCAGGAACAAACAUUGUUCGUCCUCGAGGCCAGAGCGCUCCAGCUGGGAACUCUCCACCACAGUUUGGUCCUUCUGCGAAGAUGGACUUUGAGCUGGAAAUGGCUGCUGUUGUUGGUACUGGGAAUGAGUUGGGAAAGCCUAUAGAUAUCAAUGAAGCAGAAGAUCAUAUUUUUGGCCUAGUGCUAAUGAAUGACUGGAGUGCUAGAGACAUUCAGGCAUGGGAAUAUGUGCCUCUGGGGCCCUUUCUUGGGAAGAGUUUUGGUACCACAAUAUCCCCAUGGAUUGUUACACUAGAAGCUUUAGAGCCUUUCAUAUGUGAUGCUCCCAAGCAGGACCCACCUCCAUUGCCAUAUCUAGCCGAAAAGACUUCCAAGAACUAUGACAUCUCUCUGGAGGUCCAAAUUCGACCUGCUGGCCAACAAGAUGCACAUGUGGUGACAAGAAGUAAUUUUAAGCAUUUGUAUUGGACGCUGACUCAACAGCUUGCUCACCAUACUGUCAAUGGCUGCAACUUGCAGCCAGGUGAUCUCCUUGGCUCUGGCACCAUAAGUGGACCUGAGCCGGAUUCUCUUGGCUGCUUGCUGGAGUUAACAUGGAAUGGGCAAAAGCCAUUGGAGUUAUUACAUGGGAUACCUCGUAAAUUUCUGGAAGAUGGAGAUGAAGUCGUGUUUACUGGUCAAUGCAAGGGAAAUGGUUACACUGUUGGGUUCGGGACAUGCGCCGGAAAGAUCGUUCCUUCAGCUCCUUAAAAGACAUUGGUAGAGGUAGUACUGUCAUUACCAUCUUAGAACCGUUGAAUGAGGAGUUUUUAUUUUUUAAUAAAAUUUGCACAAUCUGUAGCAGCAGGAAACAGCCUGAUCUCCUUAGAUUUAUAAAUCAGGUCGGUUGAAUGAAUUUGUGUUAGUUUUCCAGUUUUUAAUUGAUUUUUCUUCUCUGCAUUCCCCUUAAAAACCGUCUAUUUUCUAGAUUCCAAAAUUUUCUGCAUUGAAAAUGUAAAUGGGGAGGAUGGAUUGGUGUGGCCUCAUUCAUGAUUCUGCCCUCCUGAUUUUUGA